CUUUCGACUACUGUCGGAAGCUGGGAACACUGGAACUGGAGCUAUUCUAACUUUAGCCAUCCACCGGGGUACUUCCCCCAGCCAAAAGUCUCCUCCUCCACCGGCGCAUUUUCGACCAGACACGGCCCAGAUUCAUCUUGCAGAUGGGAUGGCAGUGUGGCUCCUGGCAACAGAAGACAGACCCGACAGCCUCGAAGUCCCGUCAGCCUGGACCACCCUCCCCCAAAGCUCCUGGGACUGGCUGCCUCAUCUGCAGCGGCCUGCUGGUUAGGUGGAGAGCAGACGCCAGUCGCCCGGCCUACAAGGCACAGUGCCUUAGUCCAGUAGCUACACCUUCCAGCUCGAGCCAAUCCCACCGCGCCUACUGUACAACACACUACCGGCAUGAUGCACCGGAACUGCGAGGUGUGCAGCUAGGGCUGCUGGCUAAGACCCCCUAGACAACCUAGACUCGUUCCAUCUCCCCCAACUCGGGGGACAGAGGGCUCCCUCGUCUCCAGUCAAAAGCGCUGGGACUCGGCCCGUCGAAUGAGACGAUGGAACAAGGGAAACCCAAUGGCACCGGGACCUGGCUAGUCGUCGCAAGAGAAGAGACUUGGAAGCGGUUGUUUGGCGCCAGUUGGUGCUGCAGCUGUAUGCGCUAACCUCGCUAACAUUGAUGGGCCUGGCAGCGCUCCGUCCUUCGUACCUUUGUCCGGUUCGAUCGUCUCGCCCAGAUGAUAAUCCAGGCGCACACCUGCUCUUUUG